GAGACGGCGAAUAAAUAGAUGCUGGAGGACUGAGGGGAAGUGGACCCUUAUGGAACACAGUGGUAGAUUCGGAUGGGUGGAGAGCUCGCCCAGCAGCGCGGCAAGGCACGUGAUGGGCGAAUUUGCGGCGGAACAUAAACUCCUCACCGCCGGUAUCCUCGCCAGUUCAUUUCCGAAGAUCGGAGGCGGUAGACCGAUAAAAGGGUGGCCGGCUAUCUUCGACUAAGGUAUUAAGGGAAAACGCGUUACUCAAGGGUAUGGCUGUAUAAGCGAUUGGUUAAUAUUUUCAGUGGUGAGUGUAAAGAGUCUAGGUUACUGGUCAAUGAAGGGGGAAUUUCGGUCGGGUUUAUAUGUCUCCGGCCUAAGCGUAGUAUUAGGGGUAUAUCAGAGCCACGGGUAUGCCAUCCAAGUAUGGAAGACAAAUAUGGUUGUUGUUAUUGGCAAUAUGGCAGACUUUUCAUAUCUAUCGUCUUUACACUCGUACCUAUUUUAGUCUCUACGUUUUGGAUAUUACCUUAAAUACCUAGUUUUCUAUUUCAUUCUUCAUUUUUUUUUUUUGGAUGUUACUCAAAAUAUGUAGUAUAUCUACCUAGGUAAUGAU